AUAACCCUUAUCAUUUUUUACCUUAUAACUUUUGCGCUUCUAGCUUCUUAGAUUCCUUUUUGGGAUGCUGUUGAUAACAAAUCGUGGGCAAAGAAGCUUGACAAAACCUUAAUGUCGGCGGCCCGUGCAUCAAAAGCCGCAGUCGCACUUUCAAUCAUACAAUUUUUGACAUUGGUUGGAUUGAUAGGCUUCUUUGGUAUACUAAUAAUUUCCUCUAAAUUCUAUGUUCAAUUGUGUACUAACUCCUGCUUCUAGCCCGUGCCAUUCACAAGUACCGCGCAGCUUGCAGCACCACCUCUGCUCACGCGCGACAAGUUCAUAGUUCUCGUCUUUUCCAUCACUGCAGGACCUUUCCAACGAAUCAUUCCCCAGGCGCCUCAUAAACACUUUCCCGCUCCGACACGCCAUUAUCCUCCCCUACUACCUUUUCCCGCCAAGAGAGAUCAAUAAGUCUACCAGUUCUGCACCAACGCCCUGUGAUUGGCGGCACUUAUAGAAUGAGAGAAACAUAUGAAAGGAAUGUUCCAACACAGAGCCGUUACAGAAAUAGAGAUGAGGGGAUGCAGGUUUGUGGUCAUGUUGAGACAAUAGAAGUGGAGAGAUCUGAAGAGAAUGAUGGGAGAACUGAUUUCUGGCCGGCUUUUGUUUGAGCUGACAGGAAUAUGAUGGAUGUUUGUAGAUCUAUGAAGCUGUUUAAAUUUGGAUGAACUGCUUCAGUGUUUUACAUACACUUGUAUUAUUACUCGAUGAGUGGCUUUUCUGGUGAAUUUUAGCUGGAAUUGGAGUAAGUAAAAGUUUGAUCUUUUACUGUGGGAUUGGCG